CGGUCUUUUUCCGGUUCCGCCCGCCGCGGCGUCACUGGCAUCCCGAGUCUGGGCCGUCUCGGAAGGAGAGGGUGGAGGCCGCGGCCAGCUGGAGGCGCAGUCAUGCCCCGGUAUUACGAGGACAAACCGGAGGGCGGCGCGUGCGCGGGCGUGAAGGAGGAUCUGGGCGUGUGUCUGCUGCAGUCUGAUUGCGUGCUCAAGGAAGGAAAAUCCCCCCGGCAGUGUCUGAAGGAAGGAAACUGCAAGGCUUUGAAAUACUCAUUUUUUGAGUGUAAGAGAUCAAUGUUGGAUGCCAGAUCAAGAUUCAGGGGAAGAAAAGGAUAUUGAUACUACUAUGUUGAAACCAAGAUGAAAACAACAAAGGACUCUGGUCAUUAAACCAGAGAAGCCAAAAUAAGAAACAUACUUUUUGUUACAUCUGUUCAGGUGGACCAGUUUUUUCCUCCAUGAAACAAGAAAAUGGAUGAGUUCUGGUUUCCAGUAGGUAUAAAUGAUUCUCUUGCUCUAAGUUAUUCUUAGAAUAAAAAUUUAAUUGAAUAGUUGUGAGCUGAGAACAUAAUAGAUGUGUUUUAAGAACUGUUCUGAAGCACAGGGAACGGAAAGAUUGUUAGUUUCCACUGACUUCUCAACCAGAUGACACAACUCUUGCAUCCUUUGUCAGUACUGUGGAAGCCAGGGGUGGGACCGUGAGAAUCAGCAUGCAGCCUGAUGAGAAAAUAUCCGUCUGGAAGGUGUAGGCUAAAACUUUCUUUUAUUCAGAUUGUACUAUUUAGUUCCAAAAUAAAUUGUGUUUGACUGCUUGGUGAAGAAA